AUGCCUGGGCUGCCUUCCGCCGCGGGGGGCGGGGUGGACUGGGCGGCGGUGGACACUGUCACCAACCCGAAUGACAUCAAUCGGCUGUUCCAUGAGGCGCUGGCCACCGAGCGGAGCAUCGAGGCGGGCCUGGACCAGAUGCUGUCCAAGAGGGGUGCGCUUGAAGGGGAGUUCUUGAAGCUGAAGGAUCAAGCGGCGGAGGUUCUGGAGGUUGCCAGUGCAGAUGCUGAUCAGCUUCUUGCCAGUGUCCAAUCCACCUCAGAGCUUGCCAAUCAGAUCAGCAGUAAAGUGAGGGAGUUGGACAUUGCUCAAACAAGGGUGAAGCACGUGUUGGAUGGCAUCAAUGUUAUCAUGAGUUGUGGCGGAUGCGUGAGGAACUUGCAGAGGGCCACCAGAGAGAACGAUUAUGAAACUGCAGCACAGAGCAUUGAAGAGUUCAGGAAACUGGAGGGAAUGAUGGCUGGCGAAGGAGCAGACCCUGAGCAGGAAAAGAUCGUCACAGAGUGCGCGACAAGCCUUGAGAACACAGUCCGGGCAAAGUUUGAUGAAGCUGUGGACAGGAGAGAUCACAAUGAAGUCUUGCGGUUCUUUAAAUUGUUCAAGCCUUUGCAAAGAAAGGAGGAAGGUUUACAGCGCUUUUCUGCAUACCUGAAGGUGUUGGUCGGGGUGAGGGCAAGGCAAGGCUACCAGGACCUCUCUGAUGCACUGGAAGGUCCUAACCCUGAUCAAGCUGACUUUGUGGGUUGCUUGACAGCACUGUUCAAGGAUGUGGCGGUUGCGGUGGAAGAAAAUGAGCAGAUUCUGUUCGAGUUCUAUGGUGAAAAUGCAGUGCUGGACCUCAUUGCAUCACUGCAGCAGGAGUGUGAUGCACAAGGGUCAAGGAUAAUCCAAAGAUUCCUUGAGGCAAAGAAAUUGCUGCGCCUGGUGAAAGAAGUAGGAUUGAAGAAGAACAAAGACAUGGCAUUGAUGGCGGCAUCGGCAACUCUGGUCGAUCCUCGUGAUGUUGAGGGCUAUCUGGAGGAGGUUCUGCUUCUUUGCCAGAGAAGUGAGGAGUACAACUUGUUCAUGCUCGGGAAAAUGGCAGAUGCUGUGGCCCCCAAGACCCUGAGUCCUGUGCGAGAAACCAGCUUCAGGGGUGGUCAGUUGAGCGUCAGUGCCAGGGAGCUGACAGGUUACUAUGUGACACUGGAAGAAUACUACAUGGAAGAAAAUGUCCGGAAAGCUAUUGACAUCGAUGAGCAGGUGCCAGAUGCCCUUACGACGUCCAUGGUGGAUGAUGUGUUCUUCAUCCUCAAAAAGUGCUCCACAAGAGCAAUGGCAACGGCAUCUGUCCAGUGCGUGCUGUCCAUUCUUGGCCUCCUGAUAACACUCCUUGGUCAAACAUUCAUGGACGCCCUUCGACAGAAGCUCUCUGGCGCUUCCACAAGAUUGGUGGCUGCCAUAUCUUUCCCACUGCUGGGCGACACUCCACAGGAUGAAUCUGGCUUGGAGGCAGCUGUGUAUUUGAACAAUGCUGAUGUGGCAGCAAGUUAUGCGCUGAAAUUGAAGUCUGAGCUUGGCACGUACGCAACAGAUGUGUUUAGGCUGGUGAAAGACCGGGAUGUGGUUGCUUCAGUUCUUUCAGACAUGGCAAAGACAUCUGGGGACCUCAGGGCCGUGUGCAAUCACUGCCUAGACCAGGUGGCUGAUGGGUUGCUGUCACGAGUGAAGCCGACCUUGGAUGAGGCCGCUGGUGUGAGCUAUGACCUAUCAGAGGUGGAGUAUGACGCCAACGAGCUGCAAGAGACUUGGGUACAGAGGCUGCUGGCGGAGCUUGAAUCUGCCCUCACGCAGCUGCAGCCCAAGUUGACUGCUGACAACCAUGGGAAUUUGUUGAAUCCUGUCCUGGAUCGGCUGGCGUCCCGGAUUGAGGCGCUGAUGAUGCGGAAGAAAUUCAAUCAGCUGGGUGGCUUCCAACUGGACCGGGACGUGCGAGCACUGGUGGGGCGCCUGUCAGAGGUGUGCCAGCGCACUGUGAGGGACAAAUUCUCCAGGCUCAGUCAGAUGGCCACAGUGCUUGGCUUACAGACUGUGGAUGAGAUCCUGGACUACUGGGCAGAUGACAGCGGUACAGUGACUUGGCGAUUGUCCCCAGGCGAAAUCAAAUCCAUCAUGAGGUUGAGGCAAGAUUUUCAGGACAGCAAGAUUGCUGCAUUAAUGUUGUAG